AUGGCAAAGCCUCUGGAGAAGAGCUCCACGGAGCCCCUUGACGUGCCUGGGGCUCACGGGCGAAAGCAGACGAUGCGUUCAGGGGAACAGACGACAAAGCUCCCCACGGCCAGGGCCGGCAGCCACCCCGGGCAGGGCAGGGCCAUGGGGCGUCGGCCGGGGGGCGGGGACCCCCCCGCAUGGGGCAGCCCCUGGACAGGGCUGCUGCUGGCAGCCUCUGUCCUGGGCUCCUGCCUCCAGCCGGCGCCGGCCCAGACCCCAGUGACCAUCGUCAUCACCCCGCCGAGCCCCGUAGUGGGCGGGGACGUCAGCCUGGCCCCGCAGAAUCUGCCACAGGACUUCGUGGUCUGCAGCUGGUACCGAACAGCGACCACUUAUGAAACCAACCGGAUCCUCACCUACUUCCCACCUCCAAACCCCGUUCAGCAGAACGGCUCGGCCCACACGGGGCGGGAGACAGCAGGGCCGGGCUGCACCCUGAACAUCGCAGGGUUAAUGCUCAAUGACACCGGGAACUACACGGUGCUGAUACAGAGCCCGACUAGCCUUGUCCCCUACAUCACGGUGCAUCUCUUCGUCUCUGGCCUGCCACCCGGAACCAUCGCCGGGAUUGUCAUCGGGUCGCUGGCCGGGGCGGCGCUGCUCGGGGGCCUGCUCUACUUCCUGCUCCGCAAAACUGGAGGGGAACGGCUCGGGGGACAGGGGACCCCUGGGGCUGGGGGCUGCCCCGAGCCCUGGGGGCCCAAGCAGCGCCCGCCCGUCGGAGGCCAGGCCGAGCCCGCCCACAGUAAGUAG